AUGUCCAGCGAGUCACUUGAACAAAGCAGCGAUGAUGUAUAUCUUAUAAAUAGAGAUCAAAAAUACGCAAAAUCCAAUCCCACCCCACUAGACAACUUGCUAUCGCUUUACGGCUUAGAACCCAUAACCAAGUCGGUGGCAAGAGUGAAUCCAGAUGGUUCAAAGGGAGUUAAAGUGAGAAAAUCUUAUAAGAAUCAUAUACAGGACCUUCCAGGAAAGCACCAGAUACCUAAUAGUAAACCUAUCCCUAUGGCAAUCCUAGACCCCAACUUGAGUCAAACACCAAGCAUAAUAAAGCAAUUAGAUCCUAAAUUACUUGACCAAGCAUUGAAAUUUGAAAAAACUUCACUCAAUGGGAUUCCAGGGUUCAAUACUGCAGACUUGGCUAUAAAUGACCAACAGGUGUUGAUGAGAGGUGACGAUAUGUCAGAAACGGAUGAAUAUGGUAACAAGAAAAAUAAACGUAAGAAGAAGGUGCAAGCAAACGGUAGCGGAGUUAAGAGACAACAUAUAUGA